GGAGCGGAGGGGGCGGGGCGGGGUCUUGGCUCCUCCCCCUACGCGGGAGGCCCCGCCCCCCAGGGACCCCCAUCGGUACCGGGGACACGGGCCCGGCCGGACCGAGCGGUGUCCGGGGGUCCCACCUGUGCCGAGUUUGGGCUUUCGGGCCAUCGCGAAGGGUCCCGGUAGGGACACGGGUCCCUGCGGCCCGUACCGGCGCUGCCCGGGCCAACCCGACCUGCUCCGGCACCGGCUGGUCCCGCACAGCCCCGGGGACCGGUCCGUUAACGAGCACACGAGCGUUAAUUGUCCCCAAGCCUCGAAACGGCCACGUUAAGCGCUUCGGUCUCCGCGAAUCCCCGGCCCGUGGGCGCCGGGGCGAGGGGACCGGCCCCGCGCUCCGGCCCGGCCGCUCGGACACGGUCCCGGCAUCUCGGACACGGUCCCGGCCGCUCGGACACGGUCCCGGCAUCUCGGACACGGUCCCGGCCGCAGCGGCUCAGCCCGCCCGGAGGGACCGGAGCGCGAGUCCCCGGUGUCGCAGCGGCCGCUGCUCCGGAUGCGCUUCAUGGAGCCCGCGGCGGUGACAGCCGAAGCGCCCCGGCGUGUCGUCCCGCUCCGCCCCGACCCCGGUGCCCGCAGCCCCGGCAGCGGCUCCGUCCCGUCCAGCCGAGCGAUCGGGUCGCGUUUGACCCAGCGCCGGUUUUGUUCGCAAAUUAUCACAAAAGAGGCACAAACGUUCCCGUUCCCAGCGGGGCCGCCGCCUCCGGGCAGGACUGGAAGCGGCUGCGAGGUGAGAGCUCCAGGACACACGGACGGCGCUAAACCAGCGCAAAACUCGGGUUUAUUUCGUGGGCAUCCCGGUUAGAACGGGUUCUUAACUAUGUCUGGAGCUGCUCCCGAACCCCGCGGCGGCUGGAGAAGGAGCAGGAGGCGCCCGAGCCGCUUCUCCCCCGCUUUCCGGGUGGGUUUCCCGGCAGGAAUCCGGUGCCCGCUCCAGGUUGCGGGGGUUGGAAGGGGCUCGGUGGCGAGUUCCUGCUGCCACCGGCUGGACAUCGGCGUCCACUGCGGCUCCGCACACCCCGAAUUCAUGUUCUCAUUUACGUGAUCAUUUACCCAGCGUCUAUUCCGUUCCUGUGCUCGUCCUUUUCUCAGCACCGUUUCCAGACCGAGCGGAACAGAAUUCGUACCUGAGAGCAAAGAGAAACGCUGAACGCGGAGCGAUCAACACCUUUAUUCGUGAAGACUUCACUUCUUUUCCUACUGAAAUAUUUUUAACCCGCCUCUGCCUUUCCAAGUCCUUUUUCCAUCCGUGCAGGUGCAAUUUGGGGCAGAAUCAUCCCAGCUCUGCCAGGACGGUGCAUAUUUGAAGCGCUGGGAUGAUUUUUUGCCGCUGUGAUUUAAUAGGACUUGCAGCUGCGAAUGCGCUUUAAUAGAAUUUACAGCUGGGCUGUUACUCUUACAGUAACGUUGCAGUUCGGAUUCGGGAGGACGCGCCUCCCACCAGCUGCUGCAGCUCUGGGGCAAGAGGAGGAUGCGAGCAAACCCCAAACUUCUGCAUGUGGCUGAAUUGGACGCGUAAUGUAGCCAAGGCCUGGAACCAUGAAUGAGCGUCUUUGGGUCUUGUUUUUGCUUUGUGAUGUUCCGUGCUUUCUGCUCUCUCCUGCAGUUCUUAACCCACCAGGUUUUUUUUCCCCAUUAGUAAAACAGGAAUAGGAAAAACCCGGGUGUUUUUAGAUCGUGAGGUGAUGGGUUUGGGGAUCUUUAUGUAUCGUGAGGUGCUGGAUCAGGAAGGUGGGAAAUGGUGCAGGAUGUGGUGUUGUGAGAACCCAGUGAGAGCUGCGGCUCUUGUGCUUCUCAAGUUGGCGGCUGCAGAACCGAUGGAAGAACCACGUUGUCUUCAAAGAACCGCGUUGUCUUCAAAUCCGCGUCGCAGCUCCUGCCUCACUGGCUCCAGGCCAGUGGUUUUCAUAGCUGGCCCCAGAACAUCAAUCAGAAUGUAUAGAAAUGAAAGCAGGGAGGCUCCCAGGGUGGUUCAGAUGAGGUUUGCAGGGAAUGGGUGGAAGAGAAACACCUGUCACAGAAUCCCAGAAUGUGAGGGGUUGAAGGGCCCUGGAAAGCUCAUGCAGUGCAAUCCCCCCAUGGAGCAGGAACACCCAGAUGAGGUUACACAGGAAGGUGUCCAGGCGGGUUGGAAUGUCUGCACAGAAGGAGACUCCACAACCCCCUGGGCAGCCUGGGCCAGGCUCUGCCACCCUCACUGGGAACAAGUUUCUUCUCAAAUUUAAGCGGAACCUCCUGUGUUCCAGUUUGCACCCAUUGCCCCCUGUCCUGUCACUGGUUGUCACCAGAAGAGCCUGGCUCCACCCUCCUGACACUCCCCCUUUCCAUAUUGAUCCCCAGGAAUGAGUCCCCCCUCAGUCUCCUCUUGUCCAGCUCCAGAGCCCCAGCUCCCUCAGCCUUUCCUCACACGGGAGAUGCUCCACUCCCUCCAGCAUCUUGGUGGCUCUCUGGGUGGUCAGGGGGUGCGGUGCGAGCGUCACGUCCUGGAGUUGCCGUCUCAGAGCGAUGGAGGGGCUGGAGAAACCUGCAGAUCUGAUGGAGCUCACGGGGUUUCCUAAAACAGAGGGAGGAUUUCCCAGGCGUCAGCGACCUACGGGGGCGGCUGGUGAGCGCGGAAUGGAGCCGGUGAGCGGUGACCCCCUCCUGCGGGAGCUGCUGCGCUUCGCGGUGCGCUGCAGGGCCCUGGCGCUCCUGCUGCAGGCUGUGUUUAACCUCCUGAUCCCCGACCACGCCGCAGACGCCUUCUCCCCUCCUCGCCUCUCCGAGCCCGGCCCCGCGGACCUGCUGCUGGAGCGGCUGCUGGGCGGGCUGUCGCGCUGGGACGCCGAGCAUUUCCUCUUCAUCGCCGAGCGCGGAUACCUGUACGAGCACAACUGCGCCUUCUUCCCGCUGUACCCGCUGAGCCUGCGCGCGGGGGCCGAGGCCGCGCUGUGGCCUUUGCGGCGGCUGCUGCGCUUGCGGAGCCGCCUCCUGCUCUCGGCCGCGCUCCUCAAUUCUCUGUUCGCCAUCCUGGCGGCUGCCGCGCUGUACAAACUGGGCUGUGCGGUGCUGCGCUGUCGCAGGGCGGCUUUUCUCGCCACCGCUCUCUUCUGCGUCAGCCCUGCCAACGUGUUUCUGGCGGCUGCUUACUCGGAGAGCAUGUUUUGCUGCCUGGCGUUCGGGGCCAUGUGGCGGCUGGAGCGGGGGCAGCGCUGGCGGGGCGCGCUGCUCUUCUCCCUCGCCACCGGCGCCCGCGCCAACGGGGUCGUCAACGCCGGCUUCCUCCUCUACUCCUGCGCCAAACGCUUGGCCCUGCGGCUCCGGCUGCGUUCGGGAUCGCUGCUGUUGUGGAAGCAGCUCCUUAGCGCCGCGUCUUCAGCCGUUGCGUGCGCUGGGGUUCUUUUGCCUUUUGUUGUAUUUCAGUAUUACGCCUACAUGAUGUUCUGUGUGCCCAACGUGCAGCGGGCUGUCCCGGAGCCGCUGCUGCAGCUGGCCCUGGACAAGGGGUAUCGGCUGGCGGGGGCGCGCGGGGCUCCCCCGCCUUGGUGCUCCCAGCGGUUCCCCGCGGUCUAUCCCUACAUCCAAGACGUUUACUGGAACGUUGGCUUUCUGCGCUAUUUCGAGCUCAGGCAGAUCCCGAAUUUCCUUCUCGCUUUGCCCGUCACGCUCCUGAGCUCCUGGGCUGCCUGGACCUACGUGAGCGCGAACCCCCGGCACUGCCUGACUCUGGGUCUGGAGAGAACAAACAGCGGAGAAGAAAACAAAGCGAGCGCUGGAUUUUGCGGCCCCGCUGUCUUCGUGUACAUGGUCCACGCCACGGCCCUGCUGCUCCUCGGCUUCUUCUGCAUGCACGUGCAGCUGUGCCUUUCCUCCUCUGCAGCGGCUUCCACAAAGCAUUUCCAAAGCCCUCUGUCCCGUCCCAACAGACGGGAUGAGGGACGAGUUAACUCUGAACGCGACACACGCCCUGACUCGACAGGUGCUGACGCGCUUCCUCGGCUCCUCCUCGCCCAUCCUGUACUGGUUCUCCGCUCACCUGCUGCAGGAACACGAACCUUUGCUCUGGAGCGACGGGACCGAUGGUGAACCGGCGUCUCCGGGGGGUGGACGUCCCGGUUCCCGCGGGGACGGAGCUGCUGCAAACCCCGUCCUGAGGCUGCUGAGCCGCUGGAGCCUCCUCACCCCGCUCAGCAAAUGCGUCCUGGGAUUUUUCCUGUCCUACUGGCUGCUGGGGCUGCUUCUGCACUGCAACUUCUUGCCGUGGACAUAGCGGGGUGUCGGUACCGAUGGGUCCAGAACCACCGGUCAGAAUCAAAACUCGCUUUUGUAAAAUCCUCGGUGUAUUUGCGAAGGUGCUGUUGUCUCGGUUACAAAGGCGUUACUCCUCGGUGACUUUGUACAUACGGAGGUGUCGCUGCAUGGCCGCGGCCAAAACGGGCACGUUGUCUUUGCUGCGAUGCUCCGGCAUCCAGCUGCUGUCGUUGCCGCUGGGACAGGGAACGUGUGUUGGUUCCUGCAGCUUCUGGGGGAAACGCGGCCUUUGAUAAAUGAUUUUGGCGAGGA